CGAAUGUAUUCAACCAACAAUGACAUCGCGUUUCGGCGCGUUUCGAACCUCGUUUCGAACCUCAACCACUUUUCCCUCACACAGUACCACACCACCUAUCUUUCUCCCACACAUUCCGACCUACCUACCCGAGGCUGCCACAAUGUACUUGCAACCUUACUCUGGGUAUAAUCAAUUAAACUGCUUCGCAAACGCGAGCUACCCCUGGGCCAUCACACUCGAGGAGCAUUGGACAUCCAAGGCCGCCCUACCCUCCGAGCCUGCUAGAUAUCACCCCCUGGAAGGAUUUAUCAACGCCAUACUUCCACAACUCUCCGAUCUGUACGAUGGCCGUGUUGCCGAUUUGGAUAACAAUGGGAUCGCCAUUCAAGUCGUUUCGCAUUCACCUGGCGCAAAUUUGACCAACAGUCAGGUCCAGGACGCCAACAACGAGCUCGCAACGGCAAUCAAAGCGCAUCCGAAUAGGCUUGCUGGAUUCGCUUUACUGCCAAUGGCGGAUCCCGUUGCAGCUAUCAAUGAGCUUGAUCGUUGCAUAAAUCAAUUAGGAUUUGUUGGUGCGCUUGUGGAUAAUCAUGUGGAUCAAAACUUCUACGACAGUUCUGCAUACGAUCCUUUCUGGUCCAAACUCGUCGAUUUAGAUGUCCCAAUCUAUAUCCACCCAACAUUUCCCAGCGAACUUAUGAAAGAAGCUCUAUAUACUGGUGGUGGCCUUGACGCGAAUCCCGCUGCAGAAGCAGCAAUUGGCACCUAUGGACUCGGAUGGCAUUCCAGCACGGCCAACUCACUGUUGCGACUGCUUGGAGCCGGAGUUUUUGACAGGCACAAAGACUUGAAGGUCAUCAUUGGACAUACAGGCGAAACUCUACCCAUCAUGUUCCAGCGCAUCGACAGAAUUUCCACAUUCUGGGUUACGGGCCGCAACUUCUCCGAUGUCAUGCGCAACAAUGUCUGGAUCACGACAUCCGGCAUGUUUGACAUUCCCUCGCUGAAAAAUGUCCAGAAUUGGAUGCCUAUGGACAGAGUCAUGCUUUCGGUCGACUAUCCCUACAGCCAGAACGCACUAGCACGUACCUAUCUAAACCAAAUUGCGCAAGCAGGAGCCCUUUCUCCCAAGGACCUUCAAAACUUCGCAUGCGGGAAUGCACAAAAGCUCCUGUUCAACCGAAAGCGUCCUACAAUGCUGUAGAGGAUAUUUAUUCCACAACUUUUUUUCUCUUCGAGCGCGAGGAAAAGUGCAAGGAGCGUUUUAGGCGAGAAUUAUAGAGGCGAUAAAGCACG